UCUUCAAGUAAUUUUAAAGCGGGAAAUGAUUGUAACAGGAAACAUUAAUAACAGUCACUAAAAAUUGGGUAACGAAGGCAAUUUCCAGUAUCCAGUCAGUGCCGCGUGAAGGACGCUGCGUGCGGACACGUCGUAUAAUCCGAUCUAUCAUGACGUACACCUUCGUACACGUCCCGCCGCUGCACGCCUGGCUCGGCAUCCUGGCGGAGCAGUUGUGGGUGUGCUGGCCGCUGCUCGUCGUCAUGGCGCUAGCCGGCUACUUGUACCGCGACUUCCGCUGGAAGCGGCGCUACUGGCUGGACAAGGGGAUCCCCACGCCGCCGCUCUUCCCGCUGUUCGGCUUCUUUGUCGACAUGUUAAGGCUGGGACUGAACCGUUUUGACGCGCGGAAUUUGACUCGAUACGGCCGGCAGUUUGGGUAUUUCGACGGCCCGGUCCCGGUGCUGGUUACAUCGGAUAACGAAAUGAUCCGGCAGAUGUUCGUCAAAGACUUUAACCUCUUCCUCAGCCGGCGGGAAUUCGACCUGCAGGGACCCUUGAUCUCCAAAGCCAUCCUCUUCCUGCGAGGUCACGAGUGGAAGGAGAUGCGCGGGAUUCUGCAGCCGGCUUUUACCGCGGCAAAACUGCGCCAGAUGAGCGGCUUGCUGAACGAGUGCUGCAGUCAAACGCUGGACAAGAUGGCGCACUUGGCCGACACGCAGGAAGAAUUCGACGCCAAAGAGUUAUUCGGCCGGCUGACGUUGGACGUGGUGGCCAGCAGCUUCUUCGGCGCCCGCAUCGACUGCCAACGCGAUCCCGAUAAUCCCUUCCUGCGGCACGCCAAGAGCCUCUUCGUCUUCGUAUCCCUCCGCAAUCCGUUGAUCUUCGCCGCCUUUCUGUUCCCCCAACUGGUGCCCCUCUGGAAGCGACUAGGAAUACAGUUUCUCAAUAAGGAGUCGGUGCAAUACUUUGCUAAAAGUGUGGAAAGGAUCGUCAGACUACGAGGAGAUCAGCAAGAUACACGGCGAGAUUUCAUCCAAAUGAUGAUGCAGCAUCUGGAAAAGCCGGACCGCACAGGGCAACCGGCAACGCCCGUCGAGCAAUCGCGGAAACUUCCGGUCGACGUGGAGCAGCCAACCGGCGCCGACGUUUCAGCGGACGCCUUGAAGAUGGAUGAAGCAGCCGACAGGGCAUCCGGGCUAUCGUCGCGCCGGGCCAUAACCCUAGAAGAGAUGAUGGCGCAGUCCAUCAUCAUCUUCAUUGGCGGCUACGAAACGACGGCCAUCACUUUAAGCUGCAUGGCGUACGUGUUGGCGCUGCACCCGUUGGUGCAGGAGCGGCUGCACGCCGAGAUCCGGCGCGUGCUGGCGGAGGGUGGUGAGGCGAGCAUGGAGCAGCUGGCGCAGAUGGACUACCUGGACGCCUGCGUCAACGAGACCCUGCGCUUGUUCCCGCCCGUCACCCGCACCGAGCGGCAGUGCAGUGAGGACUGGUACUACGACGGCGUCAAGUACGAAAAGGGCACCAUCUUUGCCGUUCCCGUCUACGCCAUCCACCAUGACCCCGCCUACUUCCCCGAUCCCGAGAAAUUCGACCCGGACAGGUUCUAUAAGCAGAACAAAGAACACAUCCAGCCGUAUACGUUCCUCAGCUUCGGCCAGGGUCCGCGGCAUUGCAUUGGCAUGGGAUUCGCCUACUUCGAGAUCAAGUACGCCAUGACGCGGAUACUACAGCAUUUCCGUUUCGUGCGGAGCCGGCGCACAAAGGUACCGCUGCCGCUGCGAGAUUUCGGUUUUCUCACACUUAAAGACGGCGUAUGGAUCAAACUGGAAAGGAGGCAUUGAUGUCGAUUUAUUCAAUACAAAGCAAUAGAUCUUUUACCGUACUCUGUACAUAGUUCUCGCAUAUGUUUCACUUUCUAAAAAAUUCAUUUACUUCGUCGCUGUUGUAAUUUGGUUUAAAGUUGUGAACUCUUGUUAUUUUGUUCGUCGCUAAGAUGUUAAACGCAAAUCGCAAUAAAAGGCAAAGGAAGCUAAA